CAAACCAAACCUAAACCCUCACUUCUCCUAAGUAACCCAACACAGCAAAUUAAAUGGCAUCCUCUUCCAAAACAGCAACUCUUGCGGCUCUCUUCCUCGCCCUUAACCUUGUCCUUCUCGCCUCGUCGGCCACCGCCAUGUUUGCGGGGACAUGCUCCGCCGAUAAGGUGGGCGAGCUGAGCGUUUGCGUUGACCUGUUCCAGUAUUUGAAACUCAGGGUUGGAACCAAGCCACCAAGCGAUACGUGCUGUAGUCUGUUUGAUGGGGUGGCGGCUGAUGUUGACGCCGCCGCUUGUGCUUGUGCUGCCCUGAAAGCCAACCUUCUUGGAGCGAUCUAUGUCGACCUUGCCGCCUCCGUCAAGUUGCUUCUCGGCGAAUGCAACAGGGUCGCUCCCGACGGCUUCCUCUGUGCUUAAUACAUCAAAUGAUCAUAUCAUAUAUAUGUAGUAUGAUGAUCAUGACUACCAGCGCUGAUAUUCUGGUAGUGCUUAUAUAUGAUGAAGUCAAAAAGAGCUUCAUAACUACCAGCUGAUAUUCUGGUAGUGUAACUGGGGCAGCUUAUCUUAAGUACUAUAUAUACUGUGUUUUGCAAUUUUUUAGGCAACAGUAAUUGUUCUUCGGCUUUAUAUAUAUUAACGUAAAAUUCUAAAUUAUCCUUUUGUUAUACAUUUAUUUAAUACUUUUAAUAGUUGGUCAUAAUAAUUCGAGUUGUGCGGA